AUGGGUUCAGGGAAUUUUCUUGGUGGUUCAAACGAAUCCGAUGGAUAUGGAUUUCAGCAUGAAUUAGAUGAUUACAUCAAUAGUUUUGCUGAGGAAGAUCAGUUUAGUCUAUUCUUCGAUGACACAUACUACGGCGGGUUCGGAGGAAACGAUGUUUCUCACCCCUUUCUACCCGACGAAUGCGCUCAGCCCCCGUUCGAUGUUCCGGAUUCCGCCAUCGACCCACGGCUAAGAGCAAAGCCAAGUAUACCCGCUGAAGAUCCUCAAACCCUCCUUCCUCACCCAUCAGCCAGCGUAGUAGCCCCCCCUCAGCCACUUCGCUCUUAUCCCUCUCAGGGCAAUGUAAACCUACUAUCCCAGACUCCCACGUUCUCCUCUCCUUCGAGAAAACUUCGUAGAAGGUCAAAGAAGGAUGAAAGUACUCAUAAUAAUAGCCCUGAAGCCAAGUACCCACUAUACGAUCGUAGGUUGUAUGAAUUGGCGACACAUCAUUAUACACCUCUUCGGGGUCAUUGUGUAGUCUAUAAACCCGUGCCCGAUGUUGGAAGCCUCAACGAUGGCCCUACGCCCCCAGAGAUCAGUCAAUCAGAAAUUGACGAGUUUUUAGCAUCUCUCGACUCGAUGUCAUUCGACAGUAUAGGGGACAUUGUGAUGACAGACCCCUCUGGUCCGGCUGCUCAACCUGUGAUCCAGCCGACGCCAACCCAUCAGUCAGUAUCUAUACAUAAUAAGCAGGAAUACGUUCGACACAUGCUCGCACCUUCUGCACCGCUUAUUCAACCCUCAGAAAAGCGAAAGCGCGGUAGGCCGAAGAAGGAUGAGGUCGACGAGUCGCAUCAAGAAGCAACCUCACCAAUUGAACUAAAUCUUUCUUACUAUCAAGGGAUAAACCAACCUUUCAUGCAAUCAACGAGUGUUCCGGGCCCAUCAAAUGUCUUGAGGCCACCUAUUUCUGCACCGCAAUACAUUCCCCCUGCCUACGGUAUAACUUCUCUCCCCACUCCGAGCUCCUCACGCUCAACUCCAAAUCCCGGAUCUGAGACAGGUGACGAAAACUCUCGAUCUCAUUCCAAGCGUCGAAGACUGGAUACUCGAGGUCAAAAUCGGUCUAUGUCUAAAAAGGAACAAGCAUACCUUGAAAUGGAUGACAAGGUCAAAUUAUACGAUCAAACAAACGUCCACGAAUUGCUUUACUACCCGUCAAUCAAACCGGGGCGUACUCCCUGCUUUUGGAUCCAAAGGCAUCCAUACGCCAAUACUCGUGUUUAUGAGGAUCAUUAUAGGACUUGGUGUCGAUACCGCCACUGCAAGGGCGUUGAAACAACAGAGUUAAUCCGUACCGCCUCAGGUGAGAUGCGAGAAAAGAACUACAAACAUCCACGAACGAUAAUUGCUGGGAACUACCAAGUCGCCGUGGAUUGGGAGUAUGCCACCGACGAAAUUUCAGCAUUCAAGAACGACCCUGAAGGCCAGCACGCCUAUGAUCGGCGCAAUGUUUUUGAUACUCUGGAGUGCUUUUUUCAUCUUAGGUGCUUCGAACAACUAGUUGAUUUUCCGCAUGUUGUCAGGACACAGUUGGUUCAAAUAGACCACCGAGUCUUACACCAGGAUAAAAGCAGAAACAAGAUCACUAAAAGGAAGAACAAAGGUGGGACGAACGCCGCAGAGAUCGAAUGGUACUUGAAAGACGAUGCUGAACAAUGGAUGAAAAGGACACAGCUAGAUUGGACCUUUAACCCUCUUCCUGGGAGCGACGAGAGCCUAGAGAGGGUAUUGUUGAACGGGAAGAAGCAAUACAACGAGAGGAAAGGAAGCAAAUAUAUGCUUCAGCCAGGAAGUGAAUUUGGAAGUCCAGCCCCUUCUGAGCUUUGA